AUGAAUGUCGCAAUUUUGGUAUUGUCCUGCCUGAUGGCCGCCUUGGCCGCCGCCCCUCAGUUCACUCGACCCAACUUUCCGGAUCGACCUUUCGUCGCCAUCCUGAGGGACGAGCGACAGAAUCUGGGUGACGGAACCUUCAGCUACGUCUUCGUCUUCGGAAUCCGCGAGUCCCGCGUGGGCUACCCCGGAUCUAAGGGCCAGACCAACAUGCAGGGAUCCUACAGAUUUCCCGUCGAGUCGGGAUUCCGCGCCGAUUCCCUCCUUUCUUUCUACCUCCCACCCCCUCCCGCCCAAGCCGUCGAGCAGAUUCGCGUCGCCGAGGAGUUCUAG